AUGCGGCCCUUCAAAGGUAAGAUAGUUCUCAAUGCGGCCCUCACAGCAAACAGUCAAGCAAUGAGUGACAUGCAUACGGAAGAAUGCAAUUUGAACGAGAACUACUGCAUCUUCGCGGUCAACGUUGAAUCUCAGCACGUAGAGAACGUAAGAGCUGCCAACAACUACUGUUUUAAAAACGAAAAGGGUUCCUUUUUACUGGAGGUUUAUGACGAGAAACUGCAACAGGCAGUCAAUGAGUACUUGAUGAGAACAGAAAUUCAUCAGGAUCUCUUUGUGAUGAAUGCCAUCUUUCAACAGAUGCAACAAUGGACUUCCAUUUUUUCCGAUAGAUCGCCGGCUCAAUUCCGUGUGGCAGCUGGAUUCCAAGUUUCAGACAUGAAAAAUGAGAACUUCCUGCAGCUGACCAAGCACGGGUAUCUGUGGACAUUUGAGAGUACUGCAGCCUCGGCGAGGAACCAGAUCAUGUGCAUGUUUCCCAAGUCUUUUAACGAGUGCGACAACGUAAGGGACGGAUUGAUAAUCAGGAACAAACGGAACGGUGGAAAUAUUAGGGAAAAUUUUUCGAUUUAUAACGAAAAUUUUCUGAAAUUGAAUUCAAGUUAUAUGAAGAAAAAUAUUAAUAUAACAAAGGUAAACUUGAUAAGAAAAAAAUUAGGAAUUUUGUCAAAAUUCAAAACAUUGUUCAUAAAUAUAGGUAAAGUUAAAACAUUAGGCACAGUACUUCUUAAUAAUUUGGAAAGUCACUUUCAAAAUCAAACAAACGAUUCUGAGAUAAUCGAGCAGAAGUUAGGAAAAAAGUUACCGAAUAUACUCGAUGAUGCAACCGCAGAUGAAAGGUUAUUUGAACUGAACAGGACCAUCCACACGUUCCUGCUGGCACUGAACCUGGAUCUGAACGACAUCAACAGCUUCUCGUCCAAUCACGACUGGCACAAGGUCAGUCACAUCGCCACUCAACAAUUCAAGUUUGACCUGCAAAAACUAAAUGACGAAAACCUCUUUAAACUCCGCUUGACACGCGCAGAUAAAUUUAAAUUGAUUCUACUCGUUGAAGAUUAUUUGCGCGAGCGAACAUCAAAUUCAUCGGAGAGUAGCGUUAAAGUCUAUAUACACAAAUUCGAUAACGAAUGUCUUAUAAUAUACGAAAAGGCUCGUAACUGGUUCGAUUCUCAAAACUUUUGCCACGGUAUGAACGGGGCUCUGUUUGCUUUUGUGGAGAGCAACCAUUUUGAAAUCUUAAAUAACUCCGAACUAACGCGGUCUCACAUUGAUGUCAACGCGUGGACUGGUACGACGAAGCACGUUUGGAGCUGGUUGAGGAAAAAUACGACUAUGAUAUGGACUAAUUUUGAUAGCGAACAAUCGAAAGAAAACACUUUCUUAUAUUUUGAAAGAAAUAAAACAUGGAAGACAUCUGAUAAAUGGCUCAUGAACUCAAAAAACGUGACCAUAUUGUGCCUGAUAGAAAAAACGAAAGACUAUGGUCCAGCGUCAACAAAGAAAGAGGGUUUCAUUUGUUUUCAAAUAACAUUUUCACCUGAAAAUAAGAAAAGCAAAUUUUCACAUAAAAGGUACAGUGGUGUUGUUUCUGCUACCUCCGGUCUUGACAAUCGUCCUAAUGGGUACACUGACUCAGACUUCCGCAACUUCAUCCAAAUUUCACUCAUCUGUCCGUUCGAAAUUGACCACUAA